GCUCACAUCCGGGUUCCUGCAUUGGAAGUCACUCGCUAUAGUAAAGCAGUGAAGAUGGCUGCCGUGGGAAGAGCAUCCUCUGUGGCAACCCUGCCUGGAAAUUACCCCUCUGUAGACAAUCAAAGUGCCGAAGAAGAUGACGGACAGAAUUUAUGGUCCUCUAUUCUGAGUGAAGUAACAACGCGCUCUCGAUCAAAAUUACCAGCUGGUAAAAAUGUUCUUGUCAUGGGUGAAACCGGGGCUGGUAAAACUACUUUGGUUGCCAAGCUCCAAGGUGUGGAGGAGUACAUGAAAGGAAGAGGAUUAGAAUAUAUGUACUUUAAUGUUCUUGAUGAUGACAUUGAUGACCAUACCAGAUGUAAUGCCUGGGUAUUGGAUGGUGAUCUGUACCACAAAGGCCUUCAGAAAUUUGCUGUGUCUCAGGACAACUUUGCCAACACUAUGAUCCUGCUGGUGGUGGACAUGUCAAGGCCCUGGAUGGCAAUAGACUCAUUACAGAAGUGGGCAAGUGUGGUCCGGGAGCACAUCGACAAGCUCAGGAUCAUUCCAGAAACAAUGAGGGACAUGGAGCAGAGGUUGGUGAGACAGUUCCAGGAGUACAGAGAACCAGGCGAUGACCUAACUGCCUCUCCCCAGAGAAGAAACCCCACCAUGGGUGAGCCAGAUGAUGACGAUGUCUUACUCCCACUCGGGGACAACACACUCACACACAACCUGGGGGUCCCUAUGAUGGUAGUAUGUACCAAGUGUGAUGCUAUUGGCAGUUUGGAGAAGGAGCAUGAUUACAGAGAUGAGCAUUUUGAUUUCAUUCAGUCACACAUUCGCCACUUCUGCUUGCAGUAUGGGUCUGCACUGCUUUACACCUCAAUGAAGGAGAACAAAAAUCUCGAUUUGUUAUAUAAAUACCUCAUCCAUAGACUAUAUGGGUUUCCUUUUAAUCUCCCUGCUCAAGUGGUAGAGAAAGACUCUGUAUUUAUCCCGUCUGGUUGGGACAAUGAAAAAAAGAUAGCCAUCCUGUAUGAGAAUUUCCAGUCUCUGAAAAUGAAUGACAACCUUGAAGACGUUAUUGUUACACCUCCAUUGAGAAAGUUUGUACAUGAAAAGGAGCUUGGAGCAGAAGAUGACCAGGUGUUUCUUGUGAAACUUCAGUCUCUUCUGGCCAAAAAUCCUCCAGCUGCUGCUGGGAGACCCGUGGAUUCCACCAGUAGGGGGCCAAGUGGAUCCCCGAGGGCUACAAACCGCUCUGCCACAGCCAACGUAGCCAGCGUGAUGCCCAUGCAAUCAGGUACCAAGAAGAUAGAUCCCAACAUGAAAGGCGGCCAGACCAGUGAGGGCGUCCUGGCUAACUUCUUUAACAGCCUACUGAGUAAAAAGAGUGGCGCUCCAGGACCAGGGGGGAACUCGACAGGAAGCAGUACCCCCGGGACCGUCAGGAAGUCAGGUUCCAAGUUGGGCUUGUCAGAUGUCCAGGCAGAACUGGAUCACAUAUCUAACAAAUCGGAUCUGGAACCUUCUUCCCCCACCACCACUCUGUCCCCCAUCGAGUCAAAAGAGUCCUGAAGGCUUUUUGCAAACACGUUGACUUCUAUGCCUUUCUUUUUUAAAGAAGAAAUCCUCCAACCUUACCUGUCUUUCCCCUUCAUAGUGAAGCAGCACUUUAGUUACAGCACAAAACAGGGUCCACAAAGCAGAAUCAUAAGCCUAGGUCUCUUGCAUGUUUGCCUGUUUAGAUGCAGUUUUGCUGUACAGGAGUUUGGUUGCGUGGUAUGAUGACAUGAUUGGGAAUAAUCCACAAGUAGGAAUGUUCUGUUGUUCCAGGAUCUGGGAACUCAGUGGAAGGCUACUGUUUGUAUCUGAUAAAAGCUCCAUGUGUUGGUGCUUAUUGUUGUUCCUGAAACACUGAAAUACUAAAUACUUUGGAGGUAUGUACUGUAUAUGUUUGGUUUUUUACUGGUUCAAAUAUUUGCAGAUCGUGUGAUCCAAAUGGAGGGUCAGACCAUACAUCAUUCACAAACAUUUGUUAUUUUGUGGGAUACUUGUCUAUUCAGUGUCAACAGAAUAGCUUAACUUGUUGACUGGGAAGGGACGGUAAGCCUAACUACUCUUUUAUGCACUCAGUCAAUCAGUCAUAUAUGCACAACCCUAGAUAAAAGGGAGAUUUAAUUUAUCCUGGUUAUGAAAAAUGGUGUAGUGGUGGGUUUGGGUCAAUCCUGCCACUGCAUAUAUUGUAUGGUUCAAUCGACCUGGUAUGUAAAGAUAGGGUUCCUACUGCUUUGAAAUAAAUUGCAUUUGUUUUAUUAUA